CUUUUUGUCCGACAACAACCAUGCACAACAUGCGCAAGGUUGCUGUUGGUAGCCUUGGACUUGUGGUCCUCUGUACCCUUGCCCUCCUUGCCUCUGGCAAGCCCUUUGCCAAGCUCCCGUCGAUGGCGCCUCUCCUCCCUGACAUGGCUGACGAGCUUACUGCUGCUUCGACUUCAUCUGCUGGACCUGCUGUCUUUCUCAAUGACUAUGAACAUGAUCCUGUUGCUGCUGCAAAGGCUACAAAGGUCGAGAGCCUUCCUGGUCUGGAUGGCCCUCUCCCUGCUCCGGCUUAUGCUGGCUACGUCACUGUGGACAAGGAGUACAACUCUAACCUCUUCUACUGGUUCUUUGAGAAGGACGGCGGCAUGGAGCCCGACACCCCCAUCAUCCUCUGGCUGCAGGGUGGUCCCGGCGGUACCUCGAUGUUUGGCCUCUUUGUCGAGUCGGGCCCGUACGGCUUGUACCAGAAUCUGACCAUCUUUGAGCGCGAGUACUCGUGGACCAAGUUUGCUGGCAUGCUGUAUGUGGACAACCCGGUGAUGACCGGCUUUUCGUUCACAGACUCGCCUGAUGGCAUCUCGCGCAACCAGGACGAGGUCGCUGACAACCUGUACGCCUUCUUUGUCUCGUUCUACAAGGCCUACCCGCAGUACAAGAACAACCCGCUCAUCAUCGCCGCCGAGUCGUACGGCGGCAAGUACGCGCCGGCCAUCACCUACAAGAUCAUGACCGAGAACGCAAACUCGUCCAACCCGAACCCGCCCAUGCCGCUCAAGGGAAUGGCCGUCGGCGACGGCCUCUCUGAUCCGGCCACCCAGAUCCUUGGCUACGCCGACCUUGCCUACAACUUUGGCAUCGCCGACCCGGCCGAAGCCGCUACCAUGCGCGAGUACCAGAAGAACAUCCUUCACAACAUCGAGACCAAGAACUGGCCGCUCGCCUCCAAGCUCUUCAACGACCUGGUCGACGGUCCGCCCGACCUCUUCCAGAACUACUCGGGCUCGCCCAACUACUUUGACGUCCGCAUCUCGUACACCCCGGUCUACGGCGGCGACUUCUCGGCCUUCCUCAACCGCUCCGACGUCCGCGCCGCCCUCCACGUCGGCGACCACUACUUCCUUGACGGCUCCGUCGCCGCCGAGGGCCUGCAGGACGACUUGUGCAAGACCGUCAAGCCGCUCAUGCCCACCAUCUUCAACAACCUGGACGUCCUCAUCUACAACGGCCAGUUUGACUACAUCGUCGGCGCCCCGCUCACCGAGAACAUGCUCGCUCUCUUUGGCCCCGAGUGGCACGGCUGGCGCACCUGGCUCGACCAACCCAAGGUCAUCUGGCGCCUCGCUCCGUCAGACCAGCACGUCGCCGGCUACGUCAAGCAGUUUGACUCGACCUCUUCUACCACUUUCACCCAGAUCGUCGUUCGCGACGCCGGCCACAUCAGCCCUUGGGAUCAGCCUCAGGUCAUCUCCCAGAUGUACCAGAACUUUGCCUACGGCCUUCCUUUCAAGCCGUAGUCUCACCUCGUUCUCCAUCCCCUCUUUCGUUCUAAUCAUCAUCCCUCGGGUAUUUGAACGCGUACACCAACUCGUCUUUCC